AUGUCUCCUGGAAAACCCCCCAGAGCCAUCAAAGUCCGAGUCCCGAGGCACAAUUCGCAGAGAAUUGGUCCUGCUCUGACGUCGCAAGUACAAACGUUGGCGGCAGAGCAGGGCGCCAGAGUUGAUGUUCGCCAGACAGCUUUGGAGCAGUCGAGUGCGCUGGCUCUCGCUGUCGAAAGUGCUUCCGAGUGGAAUUCCCUCCUGAUUACUGCCCGCGCUGAGCGUGGUCCUCAGUGGGACUGUGGCACCCAACAAUUUCUUGUUGACGAGGGAUCGGAACUUUAUUAUGAUCCCAGUCCUCUACUCGAAACCGUCAAUAAGCAACUACCGAAAGAUGAAGAUUCCGCAGACCGUGAUGCUUCCAUGCACCCACCCGACAUGCUCGCACGUUCGCCCUCGAUGCAGCGCCAGGCAAGCUCUGGGCAAUAUGGAUACAACGUGCCUAUGUCUCCUGCGAUGUCCUCUCGACAAGGUGCUUACCCUGCCAGCCCGUACACCUCGGCCCCUUCCAACCAAUACUACGGGGAUGCAGGGUCGCCAGUCAAGAUGGGUUAUCCUGCCGAUAACUUUUCCCCUGACCGGCGCAGGAUGACAAGGGGUAAUAUGGCGGAUGAUAGUUAUCCUGGCUUUCACGGUAAUUAG